GUGCCAGCCCACGACUUACCUCCGCCAGGUCCACCCCGACGCUGGGGCGGGCUGGCGGGCGUGCCCCCCGGCGGGCGCCGCCGCUGCCGCCGCGCCCGCGCCGCGGGCGACGUCGGGGCCCGGGGCCGGGGCCGGGGCGCGGAGCCGCGGCGGCCCCGCCGCCCACUCUUCGGCCGAGCCUCCGCGGGCCCCGGCUACGGGCCUCCGCCGCCCCCGGCCCCCGCCCGGCCCUCCGUGCGCAGCCUCAUCAAGCGCUUCAACGAGGUGAGCUCGUGGGUAACUCACCUCAUCAUCACACAACCAACACAUGAAGAUCGGAAGGCUGUGCUGUCCUGCAUAUUACGAGUUGCCUUGUCCUGCUGGAACAUCGGAAAUUUCAACGGGGCGAUGGAAAUUGUCCAACACAACUUGCACAAGCCCUUUCUGCUGUCUAUCCAGCAGAGAAGCGCGCCCGUGUUGAUCCUGGGGCGGCGCUCAUGUCGGCCGAAGUACGAGCGAGACGCUGGGGCGUGCCUCGCCAAUGCCCGAGUUGCCACAUGGUGCCCUCCUUCGGGCCUUCCCCGUGAGUUGCCGAGAUCUUGCGCGAGCCCCAGCCUGGUGGUGCUGGCUCCGACGGGGGAACCCCACCAGUCGCGCCUGGAGUUUAUUUCUGACUACAAUGGAGAAGAUCAUUAUUUCACCAGGAUUGGACCUGGAGGACUAAUAAAUUUAGAUAAAAUUUACAAAACUCAGGCUGUGAUGGACAGGAUUGCUUCAUUUCACCAACAUUACCAUGCAAGAGGAAGGGAAUCUGCACCUCACCUCCUCAGGGACCAAAUUAGCAUUCACACAUCUAGUAUAGAACGUUCAUACCUGCUUGACGAAUCAGAAGAUCAUGAUUAUGAUAUUGAUUUGGACACAUAUCGGCCUGUGCAACCUUUAAGCAAUGACCAUGGAGUUAGCUUCUUUCCCAUCUCUGCUCCUCAUAGUGGGAUUGAUCAUCAUGUUCUCCAGGUUCUUCAUCAUGGAAGUACAGCAGUUCAUUGGGAUGCUGAAGGUGGGUCAAGAACUGCUUUAGUAUACAUACGACUGGAAAGAAGCUGUGCCACUCUGACAUGGAGCCGACCCGGUUGGAGUGGGUUGCGAACUGGAGCAGGUGGGGGUGGUUCCUCGCCCGACUACAGUUUGUCUGCUAACCCUGAAGAAAUGGUAGCACCAGCUUUGGCUGCAAAACUAGCUGGAGGUGAAAGUGUAGGAACAGCUUUGGAAGAGGGAUACCUGGAUUUGGCAGCUGUGAAAGAAAUUACUUUGGGUGGACGAGAUCGCGAAAAAGAUCCUGACUUGGCUACUGCAUGCAAACGAUAUGGAUUGGAUCGCUUUCAAGUUUCUGAAUGCUGCCUUGCCCUUGUCUAUGGUGCAAAUCUGAGUGACAACCGCGUGCUCUUCAUGCUUUGUCCUCCUACACUGUGCAGAAUGUGGCACACAGGCCUAUGUUGGGUGGUACGUGGCUUGAAGCGUCAACUUCAACUCACUGACAGGAGAAUGUUGUGGCUUAAGGAACAGUACCUGCAAUUAUAUUUUGAUGAGUGCUGCUGUGGGCCUAUGACAGCUGAUGCUAUUCGAGUUUUUGGAGGCCGUGAUUGGGCCUUAGCUGGCAAUGUUGGAGGAAUGUCACCUCCUGAUAAUGGAACAUUAAGAAGAGGAGCAUCAGCUAAAUUUAAGAAAAAGAAAUCUAUUGGCAAUAUACAAGCUCUCAAGGACCUAAGUUUGAAACAGCCCCAUGAAACAUCUAUUGAACCUGGUUCUGGUUAUCUGAGGCGUCCAACUGGUUCUUCAGGAGGACCAAGUCCUAGUUCAGGCCCAGCAACAAGUAUUUUAACAGCUACUCCACGAUCAAGAAGCAUUUCUAGUGAUAUGGAGGUGCGACAAGGACUAAUGGGCAGUCCACAAGGAUCAAGUGACAAUCUAGAUAAACUAUCCUCCUGCAGUCCAACUCAUCAUCUGAGCACCAGUGGCCUACACAGGGAGAAAGGAAAGUCAGUGGGAAGUGCAGAUGUCUGGCAAAUGAGGCACAUCAGAGCAGGAUCUAUCACACAUGAAACUCAACUUGAUUUUGUUGACUUCGUGGCAUUGUUUCGUUCCUUUAGCUUACGGGCUCGUAAAGACCUAAGGGAUCUGUUUGAACAACUAGCUAUUACAUGCAGAAGUAUGUCUGAUAGUUCCCUAAAUGAUGGCAGCAUGAAGAGUUCUCCAGAACACAUGACAAAACCCCCUCAAAAAAUCGGCUUAUUGACAAGAAAUAGUUCCUUGGAUCUUCAUGAAUAUAAACAUUCAGGCAAUUUGCAGAAAAAGAAAAUCUUUGAUGCUAUUGCUGCUGCAAGUAUUGUAUCAAAUUGUGCUGGAGUUGAUACAUCAAAAUCUCAAGUAAUAACACUGCAAAAUUUUAUGAAAUUCUUGGAAACUAGGCAAAUGGAGCAACGUACUGAGGAUGAAGUGAGAGCACUUGUUCAGAGACACGAACCUGAUCCUCUGCUUCGAUCACAAAAUUGCCUUUCUUUUGAGGGUUUUGCACGCUAUCUAAUGGACAAAGACAAUUAUGCAUUUGUUAGUGAACGAAUGGGUCCUAAUGAGAGUAACAUGGAACAACCACUUUCACAUUACUACAUUGCUUCAUCACAUAAUACUUACUUGACUGGUCAUCAAUUGAAAGGAGAGUCCUCUGUUGAAUUAUACAGUCAGGUUCUUCUUACUGGUUGCCGAUGUGUUGAGUUAGACUGCUGGGAUGGUGAUGAUGGUUCACCCCUCAUUUAUCAUGGCCACACAUUCACCACAAAAAUACCAUUUCGGUCAGUGGUGGAAGCAAUAAAUCGCAGUGCAUUUGUAACAUCUCCCUAUCCUGUUAUUCUUUCAAUUGAGAAUCACUGCUCAAUCCAACAGCAAGUCAGAAUGGCACAAAUAUUUCAAUGUGUUUUUGGAGAAAAAUUGAUAACCAAGUUCCUGUUUGAAGCUGAUUUUUCUGAAGAUGCUCAACUUCCUUCUCCAUCACAGCUUCGUUAUCGCAUCCUCAUCAAAAAUAAAAAAUUAACUGCUGAUAUUCCUCUCUGUCCAUCGGGAAUAAUACCCGUAAGACAUGGAAGUAGCUCUCACGCAUCUCAGCGUGGAGUUAGUAAUGCCCCUGGCAAACAGCCAUCUUCAGGUCGUGCAAGUUCUAUUACCAGUGGAGGAUCAGCAAAUGAUGAUUUUAGUGAUGAAGAUGAUGAUGACGAUGACGAUGAUGAUGAUGAAAAUCUGGAUGAAAAACUUUUGGGACUCUAUAGCACUGAGGAUAAAUCAUUAAGUAAAUCUUCCUCAAUGGGACCACCUCGUACAGAUUCUAUGUCAAGUCAUGAAAGCAUCUUAAGAUCUGAUCGAACUUUGUGGACUACAGGACAAUCAUACAGAAUGACACGCAAUCCUGCUGCGGACCCGUGGAUUAUGGAUGAUGAACCUCAAGCCAAACCUAAGAAGCAAAGCAGUCAGAUAGCAAAGGAACUCUCUGAUAUGGUGGUAUACAUCCAGGCCAUCAAAUUCCGUGGUUUGAAUACCAUCAGUCCCAACAGCUCUGUGAAAUGUAAGCGUUCUACUGGAGCUUCAGCAACUCCAAUACCUUCUGCAGUGAUGAAGAAGAGUAGUAUUGGAGGCAUUGCAAUGACUCCACCAACUAUAAUUACAAGCAGUAUAUCAGGAGCUAGUAUGCCAGCUACACCAACAUCUGUCAUCACACAGAUAAGUAGUGGCUCUGUUUCAACUUCCACAACAUCAGGUAUAAGUGGAAGUUCAGCUAUGACUGUAGAUCAACAAAAGCAGCAACAGCUACAGCAACAACAACAGCAGCAGCAGCAGCAGCAGCAGCAACAGCAACAGCAGCAACAGCAGCAGCAGCAGCAGCAACAACAACAACAACAAAUUCAGCAACAUCAACCCCAACAGACGCCACAACAGCAACAACCACAACAGCCACAACAGCAACAGCCACAACAGCAACAACAACCAGAACAACAGGAACAUUCAUUCUCCAAGCAACGUGCUAAUGUGAAUCAUCCAUGUUAUCAGUGUUCAUCCUUAAAUGAAAAUACAGCAAAGAAAUUGUGUCGGAAACAGCCAUUAGCCCUUGUGGCUCAUACGGAAACACAACUAAUGAGAACAUAUCCAGCAGGCAUGAGAAUUGAUUCUUCUAAUUUCAACCCAGUAAUUUUUUGGGCCUUUGGUAUUCAGAUGGUAGCACUCAACUACCAAACUGAAGAUGCUGCUCUGCAUUUAAAUGCUGCUAUGUUUGAACAAAAUGGCCGCUGUGGAUUUGUAUGUAAGCCAUCAGUAAUGUGGGACCGUAGUCACAUGAUGUACAGGCGUUUCAACCCUUGGGAUAAAGAAUUUGAUGGUUUGCAUUCCACUCACCUUAUACUGAAUAUAAUUUCAGGACAGUAUGUUUGUCAGAAUAAUCUCUCUGCCAGUGUUAUUGUUGAAGUGGAAGUUGUAGGCAUUCCUGUGGACUGCAAUAAACAAAAAACCAAAAUAGUUCAAAGGAAUGCUCUCAAUCCAAUAUGGAAUGAUACUUUUUUCUUUCAAGUGAUGUUUUGUGAUUUGGCAUUUCUACGCUUUAGUGUGUUGGAUGCAGGGACAAAUCACUUGCUGGCACAGCGUGUGAUGCCUUUGAAGUGCCUGCGCCCUGGUUAUAGACAUGUACGUUUACGAACUCCUCAGAACCAACCUCUUCAGCUAUCUACAUUGUUUGUAUAUUCUCGAACUGAGGAGGAAAGUAUGGACUAUAAUGGUAGUACUCUAGAGAAUGGUGAUGCAAUGCCACCAAAAGGUGUUGGCAUGACAAUAAACCGAACUGCAAGACAUAGUCGAGAAUUCACUGUUGACACAGUAACAAAGAAAGAUAUUGGAGCUCCAGGAAUGGGUGCUGUUCCUCUUAAGAGGAGGAUGUUUUUCUUAAUGGUAUAUGGUGUAAUACCUGAAGAGCCAUACACAAUUCUAAAAAUUACCCAGGAAAGCACAACCCAAGAAGUUGUUCUUCAAGCUUUACAAAAAGCCAAUUUGAGUGCAGAUAAAGUACAUGAUUACAUCCUUGUUGAGGAAGUUGCUCGAAGUUGGGAGAAAAAAGAUAAAGAUGUGCCUGCUACACAGAGAGUAUUAGAUUUGCAAGAGAGGCCACUACAAGCACAGGCUCAGUGGCAAGGUGAGGGACGAUUCCUGCUCAAGAGAAUGGGUGAUGAUCCAAGCAGCAGAGCUUGGUUGUCAUCUAUUCGCAGUACUGCUGGGCGUGACAGGCGAGUGGCAGGCUCCUGUGGAGAUGCAGCCGAAAGCUUACAUCAGGAACAGCAAUUAAGAACAUGGGAGGAAGCUGAUACAUUUUUAGUUUGUGUGUACAAUGUAUCUCCAGAAAUUCCCUAUGCUAUUUUGAAAGUUCCUUUGAGUUCAUGUGCACAAGAUGUACUGGCCCAGGCUUUAGUGAAAGCAAGACGAAUGGAAGAUCCAGGACGGUUUGUGUUAGUCGAGGAACUGGAAUGGGGGGGAUCAAGUAGUGGAGGAAACAGACAACAACGUGUGUUAGGAGAUGAUGAAAAUGUGUACAGCACCCAAGCACAUUGGCAGGCUUUGGGAAGAUUUAUUUUGAAGGAGAGGGACCAAGUAACUCCCCCAACAGGGCGAAGGAGUCGGGUGGCUGCAAAUUUACGAACAGCAACACUUGAACGAUUGAGUAAAGGGUUGUCAGUUGGCAAAUCAAUGGCUGCAGGUGUCGGAAGCAAUAAAGAGAAGGUUCCUGUGUCUGAAGCUCUGAGCGAUCCUACCACAUCUCGCUGCACCAAAGGUAAAGUCCCAAUUCGUGGGGACACUAGCCAUGGGACCAGCAGCAGAGGACACUCAGGUGUGGAAAGAGGCAGGGAGCCUAUGCGUCAACAGCAUCGAGAAGUUCAUUCAGAAGGUGAAACUUUAAGUGAUGAUGAUGUCAGAGAUGCAGAUUUAAGGACUGCAGUUUCAAGACUGAAAAAGGUGUCCCUUAGAAAGCUUGGAAAAGUCUGGAAAUCAUAA